AUGGGUCUGUUAACCGAAGGGCAACCACUCUCCUGGGAUGAGACGAAACAGUUAGCUGAUCACGUCAGACAGCACGGUAUCGAUCAGUUUCUGAACUUGUACCAUCAAUUGUUGGACCGCAAAGGUGAUGUCCUGAAAUGGGGUGACGAGGUCGAAUACAUAAUUGUCAAAUUUGACCACAUCAACAAAACAGCUAAAGUCCGACUGUGCGCACAAGAUAUUUUAGCUCAACUCAAUGAAAAAGAAGCAAACGACCCACACAACGUCAAAUCGCUGUGGAGGCCAGAAUAUGGAGCUUACAUGAUCGAGGGAACUCCUGGAAAACCGUAUGGUGGACUCUUGGCGCAUUUCAACAUAGUCGAAGCGAAUAUGCGGUACCGCAGAGAGGAAGCACAACAAUUACUCGGGCCGGAUGAGGUGCUGAUGACCAUCACGAAUUUUCCCAGGCUUGGAUGUCCGGAGUUCACGUGGCCCGUGGAUCAGCCGACACCCAAGAUUGGCCCUUCGCGUUCGCUGUUCAUACCGGACUCGGCGAUUUACAAAGGGCAUCCGAGGUUCUCUACUCUCACCAGGAACAUACGGCAGCGGAGAGGGGAGCGAGUGGCCAUAAACAUACCGAUAUUCAAAGAUGAAAACACUCCGAGUCCGUUCGAAGAAGAUUUGAUCAGCAUCGGCGGGGAUACAGACAGUCUGAAUGCAGCACUGCCUGAUCACGUUUACAUGGAUGCCAUGGCAUUCGGGAUGGGUUGUUGCUGUUUACAGAUGACGUUUCAGGCGUGUUGCAUCAAAGAAGCCCGAACUCUUUACGAUCAACUCACUCCGCUGUGUCCGAUUCUGUUAGCAUUGACGGCGGCAUCGCCUGUAUUUCGAGGGUACCUAACAGACGUGGACUGUCGCUGGGAUGUGAUAUCUCGGUCCGUGGAUUGCCGUACGCGACAAGAAAGAGGACUGGAGCCGUUGACCACGGAUAAGUUCGUUAUACCCAAAUCGCGUUACGACUCUACCACAUUGUACCUAUCGAGCCAAGGCGAAAAGUUUAACGACGUGCCGCUGGUAUAUGACGAAACGAUCUACAACAAACUCAAGAAUGCCGAUAUCGAUCACCAGAUGGCUCAGCAUGUAGCGCACCUAUUCAUCCGGGAUACAGUAUCUCUGUUCAACGAGAAAGUGCACCAAGAUGAUACCGUCGAGAUGGAUCACUUCGAAAACAUACAGUCGACCAACUGGCAGACCAUGCGGUUUAAGCCUCCGCCGCCCAAGUCAACGAUCGGUUGGCGCGUCGAAUUCAGGCCUUGCGAAGUGCAACUGACCGAUUUUGAAAACGCCGCGAUCGUGUGCUUUGUUGUCCUACUCACCAGGGUCAUUUUGUCGUAUCAAUUAAACUUCAUCAUUCCCAUUAGCAAAGUGGACGAGAAUAUGUCUAAAGCUCAAAAGCGGUCGGCCGCCCUGACGGAAAAGUUCUGGUUUCGCAAGAACAUCGCUGCGUCUACGUCCAAAACCGCGAACGUCAAUGUAAAUAGUUCCAACGACGAUGCAUCGUACACGAAAAUGUCCAUAAACGAAAUCAUCAACGGAAAAACGGGCGAAUUCCCGGGCCUGAUCCCGUUGAUUCACAGUUACCUGUCCAGCAUGGAAGUCGACACGGACACGCACUGCACCAUCCAGCAGUAUCUAAAGCUCAUAUCGCGUCGCGCGUCCGGCCAGAUCGACACGACGGCCAGCUGGAUACGUCGGUUCAUCCAGGAUCAUCCGGCGUACAAACGCGACUCCGUCGUCAGCGACGAGAUCAAUUACGACCUACUGAUGACGGCCGACGGCAUCCGGUCCGGUCGCAUUUCCUGUCCACGACUUUUGGGAGACUGUCUGCUGGCCAACUCGAAAACGAAGGAAACAAUACCGCCGGCCGUGCAGAAGGUAUAUUCUUGUACUCCGUAG